AUGGCUAACAGUACUCGACGUCAUGUCAGUUAUGUUGAUCUUUCUCAUCCGCAAGAAUGGACGAAACUACUUGAAUAUGCAGAAGUGACAAUUGCUUUAACAAAAUUAGUUGCUGAUUUUUCAAAUCAAUGGGCAAAAAUAUGUUCAUUAGCAUCAUCUCAAUUACAUCAAUUGGUUAAUGAUUUUCGUAAAAAAACGGAAAAUGAAAUUCGUGCAAAAUGUCAUUUAAAUGGUAUGAUGUAUGAUCUAUGGGAAUCUUUAUUGCUUGAAACGGAUAUAGAAUCACAAUCUUUAAAAAAAGUGUCAUGUAUUAUGGAAAAGAAUAUAUAUGGUCCUCUGUCAAGUUUUGUAACUAAUAAAUCACUUCAAUUAACUAUUAAUAGAGAACAUCGACGUGAUCUUGAUAAAAUUACGGAAAAAGGUCAUGAAAUGGUUAAAGAGUUGAAAGAAGAAUAUUCGAAAAUAUAUAAUACACAUGGUGCUACAUCUGAUUUUGAUCUUAUUCAUAAUGAAUAUUUUCUUGAAAUUGUGGGUGUAAAUGGUCUUUAUUCGAAAUAUAAUCAAAAGAUUUUACCACAACUUCUUCAAGGAAUGGAACAAUCACAAUUGGAAAUAAUUGAUGGAACAUGUCAAAAUAUGCAAUUAAUCGCUUCCAUUUUACAAGAAUUUCACGAACGACGACAUUCAAGUUAUGCUUCGUUUGUUGUAACGAGUUCAUCCGCAAAUCCUAAUGAAGAAAUAGAAAAUUAUAUUUGUUCCGUCAAUGAAUCCAAUGAUAGAUCAGCAACACCUCCUGUUCAUAUUCAAUUUGAAUCAUUCAUAUCACCAAUAAAUCAUAAUUCACGUUUACAUUCUAUAUCAUCACCUAAUAACGAUCAAUUAAUUAUUUACGCAGCACCCGUUAUACAAAUGCAACUAUCAUCACGGUGUAAAGAAACAAUAGAACGUUUAAGAGAAAUUAAAAAAGAAAAAUCAUUAUUAUUAGCUGUUAUUAAUCCUCCAACACCAAAGCCUCUUGUUAAACAUAGUGACGAUCAACAACAGUAA